AUGAAUAUCGAAGAGCAGCGUCUCGAUCUGUGCAAUGUCAAAACCAAAACGAGUAUGGACGAUGGUCAUCAUAACACUACCUUUGGCAUCUCUGAGCUGAUUGCAGACCCUGAUGUUGAUGGGCACAGUGUGUUACCUGCAGACACUAUGCCUCACCUCACUGACAACCUUCAGUUGAUUGAAAGAGACAACCACCAGGUGAAGGACGCUCUGGAAAUUGAUGAGGUUAAUGGAAAUAAGCAUAGCAGCGGCCACGACGGGUCACCAAACCCAACUGAGUCAUUCUUUCCCGUUGAUGGAGACCACAAGGACUAUGGCGCUGUGGAUAAAACUAAUGAACCUAAGGACGCAGAACCCGUCGAGUUUAACUACCCGGCGGAAGAAGACGACUGCGGGGAGAUGGACAUGGGUGUGGACCUGAGCCUGGACGAGAGCGGGGUGCUGGAAGCCGAGCCGACAACUGUCAGUUCGCUGUCAGAUGGUGUAUCACAGCCGUCGAGUGAAGUCGUCCCAACAGGCGGCGAGGCAGAAAGCCAGUCGGACGCGCAGCAAACAGGCGAGCCGUCUGGAACGGACCACGCUGUGUUGUAUCCCACAGUGGAGGAAGGAGAUGAUAAACAUAAACUGAGCGGCAAGAGGGUAACCUUUCCUUCAGAUGACGACAUUGUUUCUGGAGCAGUGGAACCAAAGGACCCCUGGAGACAUGCUCAGAAUGUGACAGUGGACGACAUCCUGUCCUCAUAUAAACAGGCCUGUCAGAAGCUUAACUGUAAACCCAUUUCCAAAGUGCUCAAACAGAUUCAGGAUCUUCAAGACCUGACCCAGCGAAAUGAAUGCUUGGAUCUAAAAGGUGAAAAGCUGGACUACAAGACAUGCGAGUCCCUGGAAGAAAUUUUGAAGCGUGUACAGUUUAAAGUAAUAGACCUGGAGCAGACCAACUUAGAUGAAGAUGGUGCUUCGGCUCUGUUUGACAUGAUCGAAUACUAUGAGUCGGCCACACACCUCAACAUCUCUUUCAACAAGCACAUAGGCACCCGGGGAUGGCAGGCCGCCGCUCACAUGAUGAGGAAGACGAGCUCUCUGCAGUAUCUGGAUGCGAGAAACACACCACUGCUAGACCACUCGGCCCCCUUUGUUGCUCGAGCGCUCAGGAUCAGCGGCAGCCUGGCAGUCCUGCACCUGGAGAACGCCGGCCUGUCUGGCAGACCUCUUAUGUUGCUGGCAACGGCCCUUAAAAUGAACAUGAACCUACGGGAGUUAUAUCUCGCCGACAACAAGCUCAACGGCCUACAGGAUUCGGCCCAGCUUGGCAACCUGCUUAAGUUCAACUACAACAUCCAAAUUUUGGACCUGCGCAACAACCACAUUCUGGACUCAGGUUUGGCCUAUGUGUGUGAAGGACUAAAAGAGCAGAGGAAAGGUCUUGUCACGUUGGUGCUAUGGAACAACCAGCUCACACACAACGGCAUGGGCUACCUUGCUGCUGCACUGCCUUGCACCCAGAGUCUGGAGACACUGAACCUCGGUCAUAACUCAGUAGGCAACGAGGGCGUCCACAAACUGAAAGACGGCUUGAUCGCCAACCGCUCUGUGCUCAGACUGGGCCUCGCCUCCACUAAACUGUCAUGCGAAGGGGCGGUGGCGGUGGCCGAAUUUAUAGCCGAGAGCCCAAGGCUCCUGCGUCUAGACCUGCGGGAAAAUGAGAUCAAGACGGGCGGACUGAUGGCGCUGUCGCUCGCCCUGAAAGUCAACACUUCUCUGCUACGCCUCGACCUGGACCGGGAGCCCAAGAAAGAAACUGUGAAGAGCUUCAUUGAAACCCAGCGCGCUCUGCUGGCCGAAAUCCAGAAUGGCUGCAAGAGAAACUUCAUCCUAGCAAAGGAGAAGGAGGAAACGGAGCAGAUGAUGAGGCAGUCGGCAUCCAUGGCCGAAAUCGCCACCGAAGACGUUACGAGAGAAGAAGCAGGAGAGGAGAACAAAGACGGAGGACCGGGGGAUAAAGGCAGUGAUACAACAGGAAGCGAAGAGCAACCGAGCGGCGAGUCGGGGGCAAGUGUUUCCCCAAUGAACUUGGAUUCUGACUCUGACACUGACGAUGAAGAGGAAGUGAUGACGAAGACUGCGUCCAAGCCAAGCCCUCUCUUAAAUCAGGCCCCCUCACAAAAUGAAGUGGCUCCACCCACGUCGAGUCCCUCGCACACGCCGUCCUCCGUCGUUUCAGAAAUCACCAUCACAAACAACCAGGUUCCUCCAGGCACACCUCCCUCACCGGGCCGCUGCAUAUCUGUAUCAAGUCCAGGGAGGGGUCACAAGAUCUUUAUGGUGACUCGGGUGGAAAGCCCCCCUGAGCCGCAGAUAGGCGCUGGACCAGCCAAGGAGCCAUCAAAUAAGACUCACGAGGACGUCCAAAGCACUACCCUUAAGCAAACACUAGAACCCAGAUGCGACGAGGGCAUCAUCGCCAGCACUUUGGAGCCACCAUUGACAAGUCAACAAGCACCAGCCUGGCCUUUAAGUUCUGCAACUGCUCAGCCUCCAGGACCAGCACCCGAGCCCUCCUAUGAGGAGGAACUUGAAGUUCCUCCCUCUGAAACGAAACCGAACGACGCUGGUGAAGACGCCAAAGAUGAAAUCCAGAUGUUGGACCAUCUGGAAGAUGUGGACAACGUUGAACGUCAAAACGCUGACGGACAGGAUGCACAACACGCUCACUGUGACCAACUAACUUCUGUUACCGCUGAGCCACCACAAACGGAGGACACCGCUGACGAGAGCCAGCGGGAAGUCGCCGAUUCGCUUUUACCCAACGGCUUAAAGCCCGAAUUCUCCCUCCACCUCCUUGACUCCGACGGCCCCAAACCUGGCAGCUGUGUCAUGGAACACGUGAGUGUGAGCUGCACACAAGAUCUGGAGGAGCUUCUGCUGGAAGCCAGUUUGGAGACUGGCAGAGAGGCAUCAUGA